AUGGAUUCCAAUGGUAACUGCCACCCCGUUGCCUUCCUAUCCAAGUCCUUCUCCCCUGCCAAAAGGAAUUAUGAGAUCUACAACAAGGAAAGAAGUGGAAAAGAAAAAAAGUUAAAAGAUGAGAAGGGUUUCCUUAUAUUCUCGUGUUCUUUUUCAAACUCAUCCAAGCCGUCUAUGACUCUUCCUGUGCCAGUUGGCUGGUUCUGUUCAGGUGAUCCUGCAGACACCCGGGCCCCGGCGUGGUUCCUGCAUCAUCUGGUUUGGCGGGCUCUCCAGGCCGACGAGAACCUGCUCCCCCGGGGAAACAGUGUCCUGCAUAGGUAG